UCCAGCUGCUGCAUACAGGCGCAGUGGACGGCUGAUGCCUGGGCUUCACCAGGACUUGACUUUUGCAGGACAAUAGUGGUUUCCUAUUUGUAUUUAACCGAUUUUUUACUGCUUUUGAACGCUUGGUGGGGUUCGAAGGGAAGCUACGUCUGUUAUUAACGGUUUUCGCCAUGAUUUAAAUGAGGCGACACACCUUUUUGUAAAGGACUGGUGUGAAAUAUCUGCAUCCCGAAUCUCUGUGACUGUUUACAGUUGGUCAAAUUUGAUUUGUAACCACGCGAUGGACAAGGAUAUCGUUCAUUCGAGCUUGUGGGAUUCUUUGCCGAUUUAGUUUUGCAGAAGUGUGUAUGUGAAUGAGCUGGUAGCGCACACAUCCCAGCCAACUGUAACCUUCAAGCUAACGUCAAUGACAGCUAGCGGUUAGCUGGUGUAAGUUGGUGGAUUUCCGAGAGUUUUCAUCAUUCUUCCGCUGCGCGUUUGCAGAGGGAUGCGUGAACGCGAUGCACUGAAUAACGAACGGGACGAAGAGCGUGUCGAGAUCUGGCGGGGCGCUGCUGAUCGUGAACAGCUUGUGUCAAGACAUCGCCAUAGUGCCACGCGCAGAGAGGGAUUUCAUUCAUCCGAGCCUACCCGGCGUUAAACAUGGCCUCUGCAGCCAGCAGCCUCGCUGCAUCCAUCGCCAGCAAAACCAAAACCGAGAAAAAGAAGAAGAAGCAGCAUUUCGUGUCUCAGAAGGUGAAGCUGUUUCGGGCCAGCGACCCGCUGCUCAGCGUCUUGAUGUGGGGAGUGAACCACUCGAUAAAUGAACUCAGACACAUCCAGAUUCCUGUUAUGCUGAUGCCUGAUGACUUCAAAGCCAACUCGAAGAUUAAGGUGGACAACCACCUCUUCAACAAAGAGAACAUGCCAAGCCAUUUUAAGUUUAAGGAGUACUGUCCCCUAGUCUUCCGCAAUCUGAGGGAGCGGUUCUCCAUUGAUGAUCAGGAAUAUCAGAACUCUCUGACUCGCAGGGCCCCAAUUCCCAGUGACGCUCAGGGCCGCAGUGGAGCUCGAUUCCACACUUCAUACAACAAGAGGUAUGUCAUCAAGAUCAUCACCAGCGAGGACGUGGCCGAGAUGCACAACAUCCUGAAGAAGUACCACCAGUAUAUAGUGGAGUGCCAUGGAAACACGCUGCUCCCUCAGUUUCUGGGCAUGUACCGCCUCACAGUGGACGGAGACGAGACCUACAUGAUCGUCACUCGCAAUGUUUUCAGCCACCGCCUGCCUGUUUACAAAAAAUAUGACUUAAAGGGAUCUACAGUGGCAAGAGAAGCUAGUGACAAAGAAAAGCCACGUCCACCUGAAGAGGCUCCGUCCAAAUCACGCAUGAGCCAAAAGCUACAAACCAUCCGGAUCGCCACACGAUUUUACUGCGCCAUAAGACACACAAAAGAGCUCCCGACUUACAAAGACAACGACUUCAUCAACGACGGCCAGAAGAUCUGCAUAGACGAUGAAAACAAGAAAAUGUUUCUGGAGAAGCUGAAGAAUGACGUCGAGUUCCUGGCGCAGCUGAAGCUGAUGGACUACAGCCUGCUGGUGGGCAUUCAUGAUGUGGAGCGAGGAGAGCAGGAGCAGCCAGAGGAGGAGAGCGAGGACAAUGAUGCGGGUGAGGAGGAGGGCACUGAGAGCGACGGAGGGGCCACCGGGUCCCCGCCGGACAGUCCCAGUAACACGCUGGACACUAAUAGGCCUUUGGGGCCAGGAGAGUUUGACCCCGUCAUUGACGUAUAUGCCAUCAAGAGCCAUGAAAAUGCUCCUAAAAAAGAAAUCUACUUCAUGGCGGUGAUUGACAUUCUCACUCCAUAUGAUGCCAAGAAGAAAGCAGCUCACGCAGCCAAAACUGUCAAACACGGGGCAGGGGCAGAGAUCUCAACGGUCAACCCUGAGCAAUACUCAAAGCGCUUUUAUGAUUUCAUCGCCACCAUUCUGUCCUAACUGAGGCUGGAAGGGGAUGGAGAAACAGGUGGUCACACAUAUGAGCUCAUAUCCUGGGAAAGGGUAACAGAUCCAGUGUCUCUCUCUUUCUCUCUCUCUCCGUCACUGGAUCACUUCUCAGAUCUGUCAAGAUCUUUUUUUGUUUACACUUUCUUUUUUCUCCUCCGUUCGAUUCGUUCGGUAGGUUUCUGGCUCCGUGUGGUUGAAAAGGCAUACAUGUGAUAUAGUCAAGCAUAUAUAGCGUUCUGUACCUUCGUUGUUAGAUAUCGUUGAUUGAGAAAUGAGUGAUGUUGUUCGUGACCAGCUACGUGGUAUGAUUCUCAUACUGGAAUUCUCAAAGCUGCUUAAAUAUUUAUUAUUAUCCUUAUGUUUUCUGCAGAGUUGUUCUUAAUAAAAAUGUCCAAUUUUGAAAAAUACAUUUAAAUAUAUAUAUAUGUAUUUGGUUUUAUGAAGUAAAUUUAGCCCUGAACAAAUAUGACCAUCGUCAGAGUAAAAUAAAUUAGAGUGUUUGAAAGUGUUUAUUGCACUAUCGCUCUUUAGCUUCAGGCAGUACCUCAAAUCAGAUCCGUCUGUUUACAAAGCGUAUACUGGAGGUCAGAUGUUUGGAAGAAUUAUUUUUAUGUAUUCAACAUCUACAAGGUUUCAUCUAAAAUACUGAAAAAGUAAUAUUGCUGAAUAUUUUUGGUGUCAAUAAAUUUUAAAUUGUCAGUUAUACCUGUGAUGCAAAGAUCGCUUCAGUCUUCAGUGCCAUAUGAUUGUUCAGAAAUCAUUCUAAAAUUCUCAUUCGCUGCUUAACUAAAUAUUAUGAUUGUACUUUAUAUUAAUAUUUAAAACUGCUGAUUAAUUGGUAAUUGUGUCGCAGCUCAGUUUUGAUUUUUUAAUUGUUUGAUUUUAGUAUGGAAAAAAACUUUACAAUGGGUGUCGGCGGGAUCUUAAAAAGUCUUAAAAUGUCUUAAUCAGAUCACAUGAUUUUGGCACGAUUUCCUUGACGUAGGGUGUCGCGGGAAGUUGUAAACUACAAAUGGGUGUCGAUAACUAAUAAACAAGUAAUGUGGCAUUACUUGUAUAUUAGUUAACGAUUUGUACGUUAACGACUUCUACGUUAACAAGUAAUGUGGCAUAGACAACCGAUACCAUGUCUUCAAUGCCUUACGACACCAUCACAGAAAGUCUUGUUUUAUUUUUUCCCCAAUCUUCAUGACGAGUUCUGUCACAUGGGUACAAUAGGAGCACAUCAAUUCUCAGUGUUAUCUGCAGGUGCUGCCGUUAAUACAUAGGUCAGUAAUCAUAAAAUAGGCUGCAUUUUUACUUGUGGGUCUCGGGUUGGUAUGAUCAAUCAUUGGUUAUGCAAACUUUAACUACUUUCUCUAAAACAUUAAAGUGUUUUAAGCAAUUUUAUUUGACAGACUGCCACAAAUAUGUCAUCGUAUAAUCUGACAUAGUGACUUUCGUAACCAACAAUAAAAAUUGUAUGAUCUGAUCGGGGCUUUAAAAUACCAAAACAACAUUUUAGGCCUUAAAAACGUCUUAAAUUCGCUGAAAUUGCGUGUUUGUGUAGAUAAACAGGUCAAUUAAAUAAUUUUAAACAGGUCUUAAAUUUCCUCUGUUGAAGUAAAGCUAUCCAAUCUGGCCGAGAUCCAUCCAAUCACCAAUUUUUGAUUUGAUGAAACUUUUUUAUUACAAAAAGAUACAGCAAAUUCUCCAAAUUAAAAUCCCUAAACUAAAAACUGUUACACAAUUACUCACGAUAAUAACAGAGCAACAUAUCCCUUUAAGUAGUCUUACAUUUACACAAAAACUCUUUACAGAAGUAAGGGGCAGUGAACAUAAUGUUUAUAAAUAGACAUGGUUAGCUUAAGGUUUUAUAACAGAUUAUACACACAUUAGGUUGAAUAGGAGUUAUACUCAGAUGGACCAAAAGUCAACAAAUGCUUUAUAUAUUUUUGGUUAUUCAUGUAAUUUUUGUGUAAUAAAUAUACUUUUAACUAUGUUAAACUUGUCAUUAAAAAAACGAAACGUGGACUACCAAUCAAAAGUUUGGGGUCAGUAUGAUUUUUCAAUGUUUUAAUAUAAGCUGCUUCUGAUCACCAAGGCUGCAUUUAUUUUAUCAAAAAUACAGUACAAGUUGUAACAUUGUGAAAUGUUAUUGCACUGUAAAAUAACUGUUCAAAAGUAGUUGAAAUUAUAAUUUAAUCAUUUAUUCCAGUGAUUUUAAAGAUAAAUUUUCUGCUUCCU